AUGAGUAGAAAAACGGCAUUAGCCCUUGGUGUGCUACGGAUCGGGAUUGAUGUGAACUCUGUGAAAUCAUAUGUAGAUAUGAGAGAAGAAUUCAAGCCAGUAUUCCAAGGCGUUGGAAUACUGCGUGAUCGACAAAUCAAGCUGAAAGUUGAUCCCGAGAUUAGACCUGUAGCCCAGCCAGUUCGAAGAACACCAUUCGGUUUGAGAGACAGAGUGAAGGAGAAGAUCCAGGAACUAGUCGAGCAAGACAUUAUAGAGCCUGUGGAAGAACCUACACCGUGGGUUAGUCCUGUAGUCAUAGUACCCAAGCCUAAUGGAGAUAUCCGGAUAUGCAUUGACAUGAGGCGGGUCAAUGAAGCCAUUGUGAGGGAGAGACAUCCGAUACCGACAGUGGAUGAAAUACUCCAAGAGUUGUCAACAAGCAAGGUGUUCUCAAAAAUUGAUCUAAAAUGGGGAUAUCAUCAGUUGGAGUUAGAUCCUGAAUCCCGAAAGUUGACCACGUUUGUAACACAUUGCGGACUAUACCGUUACAAGAGAUUGUUAUUCGGUGUGAAUGCAGCACCUGAGAUCUAUCAGCACGAGAUCCACAAAGUGCUUCAAGGACUACCUGGUGUUGCAAACAUUUCUGAUGACAUCAUCAUUCAUGGUGCCACGCAGGAAGAGCAUGAUGAGAGGCUUCGACAGACCUUGACACGAUUGAAAGAUGCAGGAUUAACGGCCAAUGCAGAAAAGUGCCUGUUUGGUGUGUCCGAGUUAGUAUUCAUGGGACACAAGUUGACAAAGGACGGCAUCAACCCCACCAAGGCCAAGAUUGAGGCUGUAGCAAACGCAUGUGAGCCAAAGAAUGCAAGUGAAGUUCAUCCCAAACUUGGCAACGGUGGCGGAACCUCUUCGGAGGCUGACUAA